AGGCGGCGGCGCCCACCGCUCCCCACAGAGUCUAGCGAACUGCCGCGGCGUGGGGGGCGCGUGGUGCCCAGAGGAGCUCCACCCCGCCCCGCGCCGCCCCGUCGCGUCACGUCACGUCACGUCACGCGCGCUGCGAGCCUCGUGCAACGGUUACUUGGAUAUUUGGAUUUGAACUGCAUUUUAGAAUUCAUCUUUACUUACAAUGCCACCAUCAAAUGGAGGUUCAGUUGGAUACACCCCCCCAGAUGGAGGCUGGGGGUGGGCAGUCAUUGUUGGAGCUUUCAUUUCCAUUGGCUUCUCUUGUGCAUUUGGCAAAUCUAUUACUGUAUUUUACAAAGAAAUUGAAGAAAUAUUUAAAGCCAGCACCAGCGAAGUGUCGUGGUUAUCUUCCAUUGCGUUUGCUGUCAUGUAUGGUGGAGGUCCUAUCAGCAGUAUCCUGGUGAAUAAAUAUGGCAGUCGUCCAGUCAUGAUUGUUGGUGGCUUCUUGUCAGGCUGUGGCAUGAUUGCAGCAUCUUUCUGUACCACUGUGCAGGAACUUUACUUGUGUGUCGGAGUCAUUGUAGGUCUUGGGCUUGCCUUCAACUUUAAUCCAGCUCUGACCAUGAUUGGCAAGUAUUUCUACAAGAGGCGACCACUAGCAAAUGGACUGGCCAUGUCAGGCAGCCCUGUGUUCCUCUCUGCCCUGGCCCCAAUCAACCAGACUCUUUUUGCUAUCUUCGGCUGGAGAGGAAGCUUCCUCAUUCUUGGGGGCAUCCUACUAAACUGCUGUGUGGCUGGAGCUCUGAUGAGACCAAUAGGGCCUAAGCCAACCGCUACAGAGAAAGAGAAGUCGAAAGAAUCCCUUCAGGAAGCUGGAAAACAUGAUGCAAACAAGCAGGCAGGUGAUGCAAAUACAGAAGUUAAUGGCAGAAACCCCCCAAAUGAGAAACAAUCCAUUUUUCAAACCGUUAACAAACUUCUGGACUUAUCCCUGUUCAAGCACAGAGGCUUUAUGCUGUACCUCUCUGGGAAUGUGAUAAUGUCUUUUGCACUGGCUACACCUUUAGUCUUUCUUAGUAAUUAUGCCAAGAGUCAACAUCACUCUAGUGAGAAGUCUGCCUUCCUUCUUUCCAUUCUGGCUUUUGUUGACAUGGUAGCCAGACCUUCUAUGGGAUUCGUAGCCAACACAAAGUGGAUAAGACCUCGAGUUCAGUAUUUUUUUGCUGCUUCUAUUAUUGCAAAUGGAGUGUGUCAUAUGCUAGUACCUUUAUCCUCUAGUUAUAUAGGGUUCUGUCUUUAUGCGGGAGUCCUUGGAUUUGCUUUUGGGUGGUUUGGUGCUGUAUUGUUUGAAACGCUGAUGGACCUCGUUGGAUCCCAGAGGUUCUCCAGUGCUGUGGGAUUGGUGACCAUUGUGGAAUGCUGUCCUAUCCUCCUGGGGCCACCACUUUUAGGUCGUCUCAAUGACAUAUAUGGAGACUACAAAUACACAUACUGGGCAAGCGGCAUAAUCCUUAUUUUCUCGGGCAUCUACCUGUGCAUUGGCAUGGCCAUCCAUUAUCAACUUGAGGCAAAAGAACAGAAAGCAGAGGAGAAGCAGAAAAAGGAAAAUAAAGAGAUGGAAUCUAAAGAAGUUAUUAAAGCUGCAGAAUCUCCAGAAAUGAAAGGCGCAGAAGAAGGACCCAAAGAGGAGAAACUUUAAGGCUGAAAACAGGGAUAAAUAGAAAAAUUCUGCUGAAUCAUGUUCUACUCUUGGUGCUUACCAUGGAUAGUGGACAUUUGUGUGGAAGUCAUACCAGGUGUUCAUUGAUAGAACUUUUAUUUCCUUCCUUUACACCAGUCAUAAUAAAUAUGUCACAUCCUUUAGGGGCAGGGGAUUUGCAAAAGGUGACAGGAGGAAAUAGCUUUUAUUUGAAGUCAUACUUGUUAAGGUAUACU